AUGAUGCCGAUGGAUCUCCCACUAUAUUCCUCGCCUAAGCGCAACCGGGAACCCUCCGAGUCUGACUGCUAUAGCCCAUCGCCAUCGCCAACAUCAAGCAUUUCCAAUUCGAGCUUCCAGGAAGCCCGAUUCAGCGAGGAGGCGGAGCCAGAGUGCCAAAGUCCCCAAGCCACGGUAGCAGGGCGGUUUGGGGAAUUGCGGAUUCGAGGGGAUUAUCUGAUGGAUACAGGACUUGUGAGCCAUAACAUCCAGUCAGGACCGGCUCCUUCUUCAAUUUCUGGUAGUCACGUCUCAGAAAGUUACUCAGAGUCCAAGAAUAUACCUGGAUCCUGGCCGGCUUCUGGCAGGUCACAUGAGACCCAAGACCGUCUACCGCAAGAACUGUUCCCACAGCAUGGAACGAAUGAUGAUUUACAGUCCUCAGCCACUUUUCAACCGAAAUCAAAAUCUAUAAUAUAUCCACGCGACUGUUCUGAACCAUCGUCACCUUCUAAAUCCCGCAAACAACGUCUCUUAUCUCCUUCGGGGAAACGAAUGCCAGAAGACCCGUUCACUUGGCAUGACCACGAGAUCACAGGACACAAUCCGAAAGAUCCAAAUGAUGAUGGAUAUGGAAUAAAUGGAGUGGGCUUCAAGCCAACAGCGGCUAUUGCAUGGGCACGAGCUCAGAAACGACAGAAGCAAGUUGCCGAAUGGAAGACUCGCGAAGCUCGAGAAGCUCGUGAAAGACGACGAGAGCGCAGAAAUGACGGUCUUGAAAGGCACAGAAUUGACGGCAUAACCAAGAGCCCCAUUCAGAAACGAGUGAAAUUCGACUUCUAG